AUGGCAGCAGAAACACCCCCAUCGCCCCUCCAUCGCUCCCUCCUCAUCCCCGAAAUCCUCGAACGCAUCCUCAUCCACCUAGACAUCCACACUCUCCUCUUCUCCCAACGCGUCUGCACCGCCUGGGCCUCUCUAAUUCAAGAAUCUCCGUCCCUCCAACAAGCCCUCUUCUUCGCCCCAGCCCAAUGGCCCAAAGAAGACAUCAUCUACAACCCCCUCCUGAUCAAACAUUUCCCCCCGUUCUUCCCAGGUACCAUUCACAAUGACCUCGUCAAACCGCGAGACUGCUACCCGCCUCACUUCCUCCCAAUGCAAUACGUUGGCAAUGAGAACGCGUGGAGCCACCCGGUCAAAGACGACCUCACCCGAGCAGAAGUCUUCUACUCCGAGCUCCCUCUCCAAAAAUAUCCCCUGCGCCGUAAGGCGUACCUGCACCCCGAGGCAUCCUGGCGUCGCAUGCUCACCCAGCAACCGCCCGCACCCCACAUCCCAGUCCUCCGCGUCUGGUCCUGGGCCCGGGGCAAAACCUUUGAUCGAUACCGCAUCCCAGGCACAUUGAAAGACGUGAUGGAUCUGGAGAGAUAUGUCCAACAGAACCCAAAGGACUCCGAACCACCCGAGUCUUCGUCUUCUCCCACUGACGAUCCCGAAAAAGGAGGCGUCACAAUGGGCCUCCUCUUCGACUACGUGACCUGUGAUCUGGAUCUAAAGUGGUGGAUGAUCAUGUGGGGAGAUCUGCCACCCGUUUCGAUGGCGCUGGAACUGGGACCGGAAUAUGUAGAUGCUUAUAAGCGCGCAGCGGAGGAUGGGAGUAUUGUGAUUCUCACAUUUCAGAUCGUGCAGGGGGCUGAGUGGUGGUAUGAUAUCGCUGGGGCGAAUGCGAAGAAUCUGAGGUUUCGUAUUGUCGAUGAGUAUAGGGCUAGGGGGUGGGUCGGGGAGAGACCGCCUACGUUUUCGAAUCGGUUGAGGGCCGUGGAGAACGGGAGAUUUCCGCAUUUUACCACGCAGGCACCGUUUCUGGCGAGGUAUUUGUUGCCGGGGUGGGGGGUUGCUGUGGGCUAG